AUGAAAGAUCUCCUUAUGCAGCAAGGUUUAAUGCGCUCCUUGUUAGGAAAUGAGGAAGGACAACCAAAUGACAUGAAGGAUGUUGAAUGGGUAGAGUUAGAGCAAAGGUAUGUGAGCACUAUUUGGCUUUGCAUUAGAGAUAACGUGUUUAACUAUGUUAUUGAUGAGGAUUCUGCUCCAAGAUUGUGGGCAAAGUUAGAGAAGAUUUACUUGGCGAAAAGUUUUUCCAACAAGUUACAGCUUAGGCGAAAGUUGUAUCACUUAAAGAUGAAGCAGAAUGGAGACCUUAUGAAGCAUAUGAAUGAAUUCGAUAGGAUCAUUGAUCAGUUGAAGAAGGUUGAUAUGAAGGUGGAGGAAGAGGAAAAGGAACUGUUGUUCCUAGCUUCGCUUUCAGACUCCUAUGAGGGUAUCAAAAUGUUUGAUGGGGUUAUGAGCUCUUUGAGUGGUGUGGCCUAUGUCCCAAAGAUGCGUAAGAAUCUAAUAUCAUUGAACCUUUUAGACUCCAAAAGACAGGCACUCUUAUCAUUUUCAAACUUUCUACAGCGUUCUAGAGUUUUCAGCGUCGUGGUUCUAGUAAGAUCAACUUUCAGGCAGUUUGUGAACACAAGUCAUGACGAGAACCAGAAGAAACCACACAUGCAAGGGAUUUCGAUCGAUGUUUUUAAAGCUACCGUUGCAGUUCUACCGUACCAUUUCACUUACAAACUGUUUCCAUUUUAUGGAUCUUGUGAUCAAUUUGUGGAGGAAGUUGCCUGUAAGACCUUUGAUGCAGCUGUUGGCGGUAUAGUAAUAACAGCAGACCGCUCUCACAUUGUAGAAUUCUCGCAGCCCUAUGCUGAAUUAAGGAUGGUGAUGGUGGUAAAGAAAAAAGACAAUGGAUUGAACAGAGUUUUGUGGUUCAUGAGCCCCUUUUCUCGAGAGAUGUGGCUUGCAAUGGCGGCUAUGGCUGUCUUCACUGGUCUUGCUAUCUGGUUCAUUGAACUUAGAACCUGCAAUGAAUCGACUGAUUCACCUUCAAGACAAGUUGGAGCUGUGUUCUACUUCCCUUUUGCUUUCCUCUUCAAUGAACACAGACCGAGAAACAGAUUGUCUUAUUUACUGCUGGUUCCAUGGUUACAAUUGACCAUGAUUGGCACUAUGGCCUUUACCGCCAGACCUAGCUCUAUGGUAACAAGUUCACAAGUUGAGCCAUGUGGAUUAGAUGUUGAUUCGCUCACGAGGACAAACAUCGAAUCAGUUGAUGACUAUGAGAAAGCUUUGUCGGGUGGAAAUAUAAAGGCUGCAUUCUUGUUGACACCUCGCGCCGAAGUCUUCCUCGCGAAAUACUUGCAAGGACUUUACCAAGUCGGGACCCGCCUACGAUCUGGGCAGUUUUGGAUUUGUAAUCUAAGUGACACUCCUUUGGUGUUUCAACGAUCUUCUCGAUUGGCGUCAGAUAUGUCAGAGGCGAUUCUUAACUUAAAGCAGGCAGGGGAAUUGCAGCAAUUGGGGGAAGAUACGCUUUCCUUUUCAGAUUGUUCAAAUUGGACAUCUGAUCAAACUGUUACUACCAUCCCAGGAAUUGCACCAGGGCCCUUUACAGGUUUGUUCAUUUUCUCAGGAGGCGCUUCUGCCAGUGUAUUAUUAAUCACAGUCAUUCGUGUCUUGAAAAGACGUAUGGAGAGCUGCAUUCAGAGACUGCUGAAGGGUGGAGGACUUUGGAUGUGGUUGACAACUGUCUUCUUCUCUCAUUACCAGAGGCGAAACCAUCAGCUCCAAAUUUCACCAAUAACUUCCACUUCCCAAGUUCAACCUAUCAACAACUCCUAG